CUCACUUCCUCUUCUCUCAGCCACAAAAAAACAAACAUGGAAGAGGCAACAUGGCAGCAAAGACUCCAUGCCCUAACCCACAUCCUAACAAACCCUGAACCCACACCGCCGCUCCACUCACAGUUCUUCAUCUCCGCCCAAAUCCCCUGCUACCUCAACUGGCACUAUCCCCCGCUCCUCUGCCCCAAACCUCUCCUCCAUAAAUGGGCGAUCUCUCUCUUCCUGAAACGCCUGUCCAGAUUCGGCCUGCCGGAGACUUCCUGGCGGUCCAAAUGCCCGUACCAUCAGCCGUCGCCGGUGGUCCUCGCCAAGGGCGUGGCGGAGGCUGAGUGGGGCGACGAAGAGAAGAGACUCUACGUGCGGCAACGCCUGCGCAGAAAACCGCUUGUGAGUAACGUUCAUCCUCUCAUCCCAAUCCUCGUUCCUAAUCUUCUGCUUUUGUCCGUUUUCUUCUGGAAUCCUUAUCCAGACGACCCUUGAUCUUGACCUAAUUUGAUUUCACUCUGUUCGUAACUGGAAUUGUGAGAUCGAAUUUCAUACUUUUAGUAAUGUGAUUAAAAUCAAGUUAAUUAUUACUAUACAUAUGUGAAUUUGGAAACCUUUAUUUGUGUUUUUGCUUUUGUUUAACUUCAUCCAAUGUCCCAACCCUAUCUAUAUUCCUUUAUCUU